AAAAAAAAUUAAAACGUAAAAAGAUGAAAUGAUAAACGAAUUACUGCCAUUGGCGAACGGUGCGGGAACGGGUGGUGACGAAAAAGAGGAUGAUAUGCGGCGGGGGUGUGGGGAACCGGCAGGCCUGCAGUUGGUUGGCUUUCAGGCUUUGCCGGCGGUUGACCGGCCGGGGUGGAUGAUCUCACCGAUAAGCAAUGCCAGCAAUAAAAAAUUUUAAUGAUAUUGAAUAUUGAUAAUUAACGGUAUAAUUUAACGGAUGCAAUUCACCUAUUCUGUUUUUAGUAUUUAUUUCUGUGGUAAAAUAUUGAAUGACGUGUGUUGUGAGACAUUACAAGUGCUUUUUGAGAUAAACGAAUUUAUUUUCAUAAAAGUUGCCUCACAAUUUAUAGUACAAUAUAAUUUUAUCAAUGAUAUGUUAAAAAAAUGUGAAAAUCAUAAACACGGACGUCUACACGUCCGUGAUCAUAAAACAUAACGAUUAACGACAUUUUUUGAAAACCGAAACUGACGUUGAUCCAUGAUUCAUAAACGCGAUUUAACCGCAUAAAAAUAUUCAGCAAUCAGUAUUCACCCGUUGGCCGGGGAAUGAAUAACAAUGAUAUCACCACAAAAUAGAUUAUAUGUAAAAUAUGAUUGCUCAUAUCAGAGAAUAACAGUGAUAUCAUCUUGUCUUAUUUUCUGAUAUCAUAAUCAUGGCCGGAUAGUGGAAACCGGAUAUUCCGAUUUGGUGAUUCCAGACUUCAGUAAUGCAGUGGCUACCUUAAAUUUUUUUGCAACUCGUGUUUCGUAAGCUAAUGUCUGUUUAGUAAUCUAAAUCAAAGCCAUUAAAAUAUUGUAGGACACUAGGAUUGGGAUACUGUUGGCGAAUAAAUUAAUCUGCCCAUAGCUCAUAUUGUAACUCUGAACUUUAUUGAUAAUAAUUGACAAUUAUUAUGAGCAAGUUUAAAGUAACGUCGGAUUUCGUAGUUAACGCAUUGUGCGCUGUUACUAUUGGUUCUGGUGCUAUCGAAUAUUCUACCAACAUAAUCUUUAAUGAUUUAUUUGUCAAAUACUUUAAAGAAGCAAACAAAAAUAAUCAACCAGUUGCAUUAAGUGAAUCUCUUCGAAAACGACAUGAUGAUGUGAUUCAUGACUUAAAAUUAACAGAUUUUAAAAAAGCUUUUGUAAUACCAUUUACAGCUAAAAGUAUUCAUCCAAUAAAUGUCGGUUGUUUGAAUACUCGUAUGGGUAGCUAUAUAGGAAUUCCAAGCAUUUAUGAUCUUAACUCAGUAGAUGAUAUUUCAAUUAAAAAUGCUGCAGAUUUAAAUCUACAAAAACCAUAUGCUGAACUUUUAAACGACAAGUCUGAGUUUGGUCAACAGUUUGUCAAGUCGUUAAUCCUGAGUGAACCGGCCAAAAAAUAUAGUAUUGCUCGGGAAUUGAUGCUUACAGACAAUCAUCGAAUAUUUAUUAAAUCUAGUUUAUCUUCUAUAGUAUUAAUGCCAAUGUAUGCUUUGGGAAGUUACAUAUAUAAUAUAUUGCCUCCAAACCCAGCUAGAGUUAGGACUUUAGUACUUGUAUUAUUAAGUAAUAUAGGAGUAUUAGUAUGGUUCUUAGCACGCACUGCUACUGAGAAUUUUUAUCAAAAAAAAGCUGAUGAAAAAUUAUGUGAUAUCAGUGAAGAAUAUAUUAAAGGAGGAAUAGAGUAUUAUGAAACAUUAAUUCAAAGAAAUCUAGCUUUAAGAAACAUUUUACCUGAUGGUGAAAACAUGUAUACUAAACAAGGAGAUCAAAUCGAAUUUAUUUCAGAAUUAUCUGAAUUACCCAUUACCUACAGAAAAAGGUAUCUUGAACAUAGAUUAAAAAAUUUUGUGAAUGAAAAUAAAGAAACAUCAACAUAAUAAUUGAUUAAAUACUUCAAUACUGUUUUUUUGGUUAUAUUAGUUAAAACUAUAUAGUUUUUGCUUAGAAGAAUAUAGCUUGUAGAAUUGUAUUAUGUUCUUUGUUUUUAAACUAUGUCUGCAAUUUUUUCUAGAAGUUAUCACAUUUUACUUUUAAACUGUUAUUAUAGAUAUUUUAAACUGUAAA